AUGUCACAAGAACAAGUUCACUCGGUCUUGUUUGACAGCGGAGCAACUUAUGAUUAUGGUUCACCAGAGAAACUAGAGUUUUAUGAUACAAAUUAUGGGGAUCCAUCCUAUACAGCAACAUCGAAUACUGCUUAUUAUUCUCCGCAAACCUCUCAAUAUCCUGGCUACCAUCAUGGUGGAAAUACGGGUAGUUUUUGGAGUGCGUUCGGUACUGGAGGAUUUGAUGAUGAGCCACCAUUACUGGAAGAACUUGGUAUCAAUUUCAGUCAUAUAAAAACUAAGAGUUUGGCAGUUUUAAAUCCUCUUAAAAUUGCUGAUAAGAAUAUAAUGGAUGAUACAGAUUUAGCAGGGCCACUUUUAUUUUGUUUAGUAUUUGGAGUUUCUUUAUUGCUGAACAGUAAAGUUCACUUUGGAUAUAUUUAUGGGGUUGCAUUACUUGGUUGGGUAUCAAUUUAUAUGAUAUUAAAUCUUAUGAGUGAAUCCGGUGUUGACGGUUAUAGAACUGCAAGUGUAUUGGGCUAUUGUUUACUGCCUCUUGUUUUAUUAAGUUGUGUUGGUGUUGCUUUUCCGUUAAGCGGACCACCUGGGCUUGUUGCUUCAGCACUUGCAAUUAUUUGGUGUACAUAUUCUUCCUCUACGAUGUUCGUAACAGUUUUACAAAUGUCUGAACAACGUAUGUUGGUCGCUUAUCCCGUCGGUUUACUAUAUGCUUGUUUCGCUCUUAUGACAAUUUUUUAA